AUGCGUGCGGCGUGCAUCACUACGCGUUUGAGCUUUGUCCAUCCCGGAGGUACGGGGACGCUGCAGCGCAGUCGUGUGCAUCACGCUGCGUCUGGGUUAGCGUCUCAAGGUUCGCCGGCGUUUCGCUGCGGGGGUGUUGUGCUCCCCAAGAGACCGGCCCGAGUCGGUGCUGCCGUCUCCGCUCCAGUGCACUCUGUGGGUGUUUCACGUCGCGCGCUGUGCUGUGCGGUGGAGAGCGCAUCAUCGCCGUCGUCACCGAUGCCGGCAAGCGCGGGUGACGCGCAGACGAAACCCGUGUUUCUUGGCCUUAGCCGAAAGCGCUUGAAAGUCGGUUUUUGGUUCUUCAUGUGGUACCUGUAUAAUGUCGUUUUUAAUAUCGUGAACAAGAAGACGUUGAAUAUGUGGUCGUAUCCUUGGGUUCUAUCGACGAUACAACUUGGCGUCGGAGCGCUCUACGUGAGUGUGCUGUGGCUGCUGGGAUUGCGCCGGCGUCCGCAGGUGAACGGAAAGCUCAUUCGCUCUCUAAUUCUGCCGUCUCUCUUCCACACCAUAGGCCAUGCGACAAGUUGUUUAUCUUUCUCGUCGGUAGCGAUUUCCUUCACGCACACGGUGAAGUCGGCGGAACCAGUGGUCGGUGCACUGGGUUCCGCGCUCUUUCUCCACGAGUACUACUCGCCCAUGGUGUACUUUGCCAUGAUUCCCAUUAUCGUUGGGGUUGCACUCUCAUCCAUCAGCGAGUUAACGUUUACGAUGGCUGGUUUCCUGAACGCGAUGGCGAGCAACUUUGCGUUUGUCGCUCGAAACGUAACCUCCAAGGUGAGUCUCGGCGACACCAAGAAGGACGCCAGCUUGACCGCCUUCAACACCUACGGUCUGAUCACAAUCAUAAGCUUCUUCUUGGAGCUGCCCAUGGCGUUGCUCUUUGAAGGUUUACCGAAAGUCGCGUCCCGCAUUCCGGGAAUCGGCGCUGGCACUGUGUUCGGCUACAUCGCAGUGGCGAGUCUGCUCUAUCACUUGUACAACGAAGCAUCGUAUGGCGUACUGGAGGAUGUUUCGCCAUUGACAUUCUCGAUUGGUAACGUCGUGAAGCGUUUAGCUAUCAUAUUAUCCAGUGUUAUCGCAUUUGGUACGAUCAUGCGCCCGCUUAAUUGGCUCGGUGUGGCGCUCGCCGUCGGUGGUACCCUCAUCUAUUCGUAUGCGAAGCAUAUGGAUCAGAAGAAAAUAGACGCAGCCAAGAAAAAGGCCGCCUGA